AUGAAUGAAACUACAGACAAACUUAACUCUUCUCUCAUUCUUCCUUUCAGUAAGGACUAUGAGUUCUGUUCAAAUGGUGUUUAUUUCUAUUGUGGAAAGAUGGGGUCAGGUAAGACAUUUAACCUCAUUCGUCAUAUACUCAUAACAGAGCGUUUAGGUCAAGAUUCAUAUUAUGACCAAAUCAUUAUAUCAGCAACUUCAGACUCUAUGGACUCAACAGCGAAAACAUUUAUGUCAAAAGUUCAAGCCUCUGUCGUUAAAGUUCCAGAUAGCGAACUCAUUGAAUUUCUUCAACGUUACAUUCGACGUAAGAGGAAAUAUUAUGCCAUCGUUGAAUUUAUACAGUCAGGAAUGCAAAAGACUUCAGAAGAGAUGGAAAGAAUUAUUGACAAACACCACUUACGUCAAUACUCAGGAGUUUACGAUAUGAAACGACUUACAAACUACAUUCUGUCAAAACUUUCAAAAUACCCCUUCAAAAAGUAUCCUUCAAACACUCUGCUCGUUUGCGACGACUUCGCCGGAAAAGGUUUAGUGUCAAAGCCUGACUCACCAUUAGCUAACAUCAUUACUAAAGUCAGACAUUACCACUUAACUGUAGCAAUACUUAUGCAAAC